AGGCCAGUCUCCCCGUCAGUAACGUCAUACAAAGCCAAAACGAAGUUCACCGCGCACGAGCUUAUUUUCUCAUCUCCAAGAAUAUGGCACUUUCAAUGCUUGUUCGACCCAUAAAUCCAAACACCACCUCUGUUAUACAAUCUAAUUUAAAAUUCCAAGUCAAUUUCAACGACUUUCCGGUAUACUUAUCCUCCAUAGAUCGUAGCACGGUAAAAACUACCAAGCUCUUGUUUUCAGCUCUUCCAAAUUUAAGGCGACGGGCAAGUUUAAAUCUGCAAAGAUUAAUGGCGUCUGCAUCUCCAAGCGCCACAGAUGAGGUCUUGAAAUUGGCAACCUUUGUUAUAGGAGAGGAAGAAACUCAAGUUGGAGUUGUUCGUCAUGGGUACAUUUGGCCAUUGAAGCAGGUUUUAAAUUCAUCUCAAAAUAUUAGUGCAGCUCACAUCAGUGAGAUGAGUGAUGUUAUCAGUCAUUGGCAUUUGCUUUAUAAUUGUAUAAAAUUUGAGGGACCGGGUAUCAAAUUGGAAAAUGUGAAAUUACUAGCUCCAAUACCAAAGCCUCAUGGAGCAAUAAUUUGUAUUGGUAAAAACUAUGCUGAUCAUGUUAAAGAAGUCGAUACAUGGAAAACAGCACCUGACAUUACUUCACCCAGUAUACCAAAGUAUCCCAUCGUCUUCACAAAGGCGCCACAGUCUGUAAUUGGACCAGGAGCUGCAAUAGUAUACCCACAAGCAAUAACAACUCAAGUGGACUAUGAAACUGAGCUUGCUGUGAUCAUUGGGAAGUCUGGACACUGCAUAAAGAGGGAGGAUGCAAUUUCUCAUGUUUUUGGGUAUACCAUACUGAAUGAUGUGACUGCAAGAGACCUGCAAAAGAAACACCAGCAGUGGUUUAUGGGGAAGAGUUGUGACACAUUCUGUCCAAUGGGCCCAUGGAUUGUUCCGGCAACUGAAAUAAAUGGCGAGGACCUUCAAAUUCAGUGUUGGGUUAAUGGUGAGCUGAGACAGAAUGGCAGGACAUCUGACAUGAUUUUCUCAAUACCGGAGUUGAUUGAGACCAUCUCCUCUGGUAUCACCCUUCAACCAGGGGAUAUUAUAGCAACUGGUACUCCGUCAGGUGUUGGAUCAGGAUUCAACCCACCACGCCAUCUUGUUCCAGGAGAUUCUAUUUGUAUGAAAAUUGAAGGUAUUGGUGAGUUGAAUAACCACAUAAUUUAAGUGAUUAUUAUCACUAUACUUAUUUAUUUCACCUUGUAAGAUGAACACCAAGUUAGUAUGUCAUUCACUUUUUGCUAUGAAAGAUAGAGAGCAUAAAAAGCAUUCAUUGUUCACAAGAGUAAUGAAUAGAACCUGAUAAUAUCUCAAGCAUGAUGGGGAUAUAAUCAAUAGAACAUGGUGUUUUGUUUUAUAUAUCAGAGUAUUACAUUGUGGAACUAUAUUUUAGAUAAUGCUUGUUUAAGUAAUUAGGAAUGGAAGACAAAUCAUCAUUAAAGUCCACCAUUAUAAUUAACUGUUGUGAAAGGAAAUUGAAGUGAUGAUAAACAUUCUUACUUUUAAGUAC